AUGAAUUUGGAUAAGAGCUGGACUAAAAUCACUAAUAAAGUAGAUCCAAAGUUCAUAAGAGGAGCCAUAGCUUUUGCAAAAUGGGCUGAAAGAUAUGCUGAUACUGAAGGUCAGAUACAUUGUCCAUGUAGAAAUUGUGUGAAUGCAAGAAGACAUGUUCCCGAUGUUGUUGCUGUUCAUAUCAUACAAUAUGGUUUUGAACCAACAUACAAUGUAUGGAUAUAUCAUGGUGAACAUCUGCCGGGUUAUGAAACAGACACAGACGAAACAAACAUUGAGUUUGAAGAAAGUGAUAACGAAUCAAACGAAGGUGUUGGUGAGUUACUUGAUGAUGCUUUUCCUACGGGUGGCAAUACCGAAGCCGAAAACUUUAGGGACGGUGCUGAUCAGCGUAAUAACCCAAAUGUGGAGAAGUUAUUUAUCGAUAUGAUGAAGCCUUUAUACCCAGGGUGUGAUGAGUUUUCUGUACUAGGCUUUUUAUUGGAGUUGAUGAAUGUCAAGGUAACAUGUAAAAUGACAAAUGUGUCAAUGGAUAUGAUUCCGAAUUUAUUUAGUCGGGCUUUCAAGGACGCAAACUUGCCGAAGAACCAUUAUGAAGCGAAAAAGUAUUUACGUACUCUCGGACUUGGAUACGAAUCUAUCCAUGCGUGUAAACAUGAUUGUGCAUUAUUUUGGAAAGAAAAUGCAAAUUUACAAACUUGCCCAGUGUGUAGCACUAGUCGUUAUGAAGAAAACAGUAAAGGGAGGAAGAAGCCGGUAAAAGUCUUACGUUACUUUCCCAUCACAGGUAGACUUAAGCGUUUAUAUGCAUCGAGACACACUGCUAAGGAAAUGUUAUGGCACGAUCAAUACAGAACCAAAGAAGAGGGAGUUCUUAGGCAUUCGGCUGACGGAAAGGCAUGGGAACACUUUGAUACAACGUUUCCCGAUUUUGCAAAUGAUCCUAGAAAUGUUCGCCUAGGGCUUGCAAGUGAUGGUUUUAAUCCUUUCGGUGCAAAGAGUCUUUCCUAUAGUAUGUGGCCUGUUGUGCUCAUACCAUACAAUAUGCCUCCUUGGAAGUCUAUGGUCGAUGCUUCAUUUAUGUUAGCAUUGUUGAUUCCUGGAAAAGAUUCACCAGGAAAGGAUAUUGAUGUAUUUUUACGUCCGCUUAUAGAUGAGUUGAAACUUCUGUGGGAUACGGGUGUUGAAACAUAUGAUUGCGAAUCAAAACAGACAUUCAACAUGCGUGCUGCACUUCUAUGGACAAUUAAUGAUUUUCCUGCGUAUGGUUACCUAUCCGGAUGGAGCACGAGUGGAUACAAGGCAUGCCCAAUAUGCAAUGAAGAUGCAAGUAGUAUGUAUAUACACGAGAUAAAAUAG